AUGGCUUCAAGAAGACGACCUGUAAUUCUACUUGUAUGCCUCUUCUUGACGUUCAUCUUCACUAAUCUUGGCAACUGCCACGCCUCAAGAACCGCCCAAGUCUUCAAGCUCAAGCCGAAGUACCAGCAUUCAGGCCACUUUUCGGGGUUCUUGCCAAGAAGGAUACCUAUUCCGGCUUCUGGACCCUCAAGGAAGCACAAUGAUAUCGGCUUAAGAAGUUGGAGAUCACCCUGA